AUGCUAUCUCCAAUAUCCUCUAUGCUCAUCCCAACUUUCUUCCUCUUCGUGGCCACCUUGGUUUCUUGUACGCCAACAAGCGCUGUAAAUCCAGUUAUAACCGCAGUUUACCAAUUCCCCAGUGGCGCAUACCUCGAGAAUCUCGCCGUUGGCCAUGAGAGCAUUUUAGUCACUCGCGCGGACACACCUUUACUGUAUCAAAUCAUCCUCCCAGCCAGGCCUCAUGCUAGUGCCUACGCCAGCCUGAUCUAUCAUUUUCCCAACGCAACCGGGCUGAUGGGAAUUACUGAAUACGCCCCAAACACAUUCGCUGUAAUUGUCGGCAACUUCUCCAUGACAAAACUAGUCCCCGGUACCUGGUCGGUUUGGAGUGUCCAAAUUUUCGAUAAAAACCAUCCUACAGCCGAGAAAAUCGUCGACUUGGUAGAAGCUCAGUUUCUCAAUGGAAUGACAAUUUUGAAUAAAACGGGUGCCAUUUUGAUUGCCGACAGCUUGGCAGGCUGUGUAUACCGUCUCGAUGUCAGGACAGGCGAUUACGAAGUUGUUCUUGAGCAUGAAUCAAUGAAAGCCACCGGGGCGAUUGGACUCAACGGGAUCCGCACAGUCACUACUACGACCGAAAGUCUCCUUUAUUAUGACAACAGCAAAACAACAGCGGGAAAAUAUAUCACAUUGGCUCAUGGGUUCUAUGCCGAUGACCUGGCCUAUGACUAUGAGACAGGUGAUGUCUGGGUUGCGGGCAACGCCGAUAACACGAUUUUCCGGAUCAAUUUUGAUGGAGAGGAGAUUGUUGUGGCGAAUGCGUCUAGUACGCCAUCUGUGGUGACCCCAUCGAGCCUUGCGUUUGGUAAGGGGAGGCAUAGUCGCACGCUGUUCGGUACAACUUAUGCUGGGGUGGCGCCGAAUGGGACGGUCACCGGCGGGAACUUGCUGGCGAUUGACGUUGGAAUAGAAAACGCUGAAAUAGCAGGGAUCACUAGGCAAGUUGAACCUUAUAUAUCGUGA